CUCUCCACCCUUCCUCCAGGGAGGAGAUUGUAUUAGCAGCAGCUUGUCUGCUGAAACUAUUGAAGCACAAGGGAAUGAGUGGAAGCCAAGCCAAUGCCACCUGGAAAUGUCUUUCUCUGCGUUCAGCCACAUGAAGGUUUCCAACUGUGUGGUUUUUGGGGACCAAGGACCUUCUGCAUCAUGCUACCUAAGCGGCGUAUCUAGGGGGAUGCUGCAGGUGGACUUCAUUGGCGUCUUGUUUGAGUCUCUGAAGGUGACACGGCUACUGCAAUGGCUACCGUGAGAACUGUGACAUUUGAAUGAGGAUAGAUAUGGUGUGAAAUUGUGGCACACUGCAGCCAACAGAAUGAAACACACACUGCAUCCCCUUGGCUACAUCUCGCUAGCUCUUCUCUGGGAUUGUGUGUUUGGUGAGCCUGGCUAUCUUCUCCUCAGAAAGUCCCAUCACACAGCUUUAAGUAGAGACCCCGUGUAUGUGGAUUUCUAUCUCCCUGACAAUGAUACUGCAACCACCAGUAACAUCUCAAUAUCUCUCCUGAAAACUGACAACAACCAGAAAAUCACUAGCAAGGAGCUUCCAGCUAACACAUCACAAGGUGGCCUGUUGUUUGAAUGUUUCUACUUCGUCGAAGCUGGACUCUACCAGUUUCACAUGAGUCUCCAGACAGAGAACAGCAGCCGUAUUCGCUGGAGAAGUGGUAUAUUGAAUGUCACUUGGCCAACGUUUCACUUAGAUUUGAACAGAACGUCAAAGGACGUGGUAAGAUCCUUUCAGAUAGGAGUCUUCACCAACGAACGCCUUUGUUCAACACUUCCUAAAAAAGACCCUGUUAUUUUACUGGAAGUUGAGCAUACGCAUAGCUUUCAAGAACUGGAGGAACCAAGUAGUGAUAGAUUCAUGUUGUACAAAACAUACAAAGACAUUCCCUUGAUCUCUUCUCAAUGGGUAGAGUUUGAGUGUGCAUCUGUACGGCCAGAGACCUUUAUCACAGUGGCUUUGAAACCUAUGUUUUCUGAUUCAGUCAUUGCUUAUCUUGGCCCCAUUGACCUUGUUAAGACUUUCAAGUAUAAACUGCUAACAACAACAGAGCCGAAGUGCGAUUCUUUGGUAAAUGUAUAUGUCGUACCUCCCCCAUGCAAUUACGUUGAGGGGAAGCUAGUCGUCUACAAAGAAUCCCCAAGGAUUUUAUCAGAAGGUAUUCCACCAGUAGCAGAAAGCAUCAUGCAAACUGGGGACAAGGUGGCUCGAUUCAAUUGCUCAUUAUUUGAAAUUGGAAAAAACAAGUAUUGCUUUGAAUUCUUGACGUACUCGAGCAAGAGUCUUCCAAAGGCCAAAGAAUGUGUCGACAUCAGAAGAGAAAUAGAGACAUGGAGUCUGUGGCAGCCGUGGAGUCCCUGUAGUACCACAUGUGGAGAUGGACAGAGAGAGAGACACAGAGAAUGCCUGACAACAUCAUUGAUAAAACCAUCGUGCAAUGGAAGUCCAAAGGAGACCUCAAUGUGCUCCCUGGAGGACUGCUCAACUGCAAAACCUUCAAGCAAAUCGACCAAAAAUUCUAAAGCUGAUGGUAACACAAGUAACACUGUUACUAUUACUGGGAUUUCUCUGUGCCUGUUCAUCAUUGUAAUUACUGUUGUGAUCACUGUCUGGAGGAAACUUGGCAAAAGCCAAAAGUGCAGCCCCACAGCAAGACACAGCUCUGCCCAUUCAGCCAACUGUCGCAAGAACUCAGAUGAGGAGAACAUAUGCCAGCUAAGGGAGAGUUUCUCGGAAACAGGGGAAAUCUUGGAUAGCACAGAGGAGAUUGUCAAUAUACCUUUAAAUUACAGGCAGAGCUUGCCUGUUGCUGAAGAGCAAGCUGCGACCGAAAUAGACAGUUCUCAAAAUGUUCAGAAGAUCAUUCCACCGAUUUUCAGUUAUCGACUUGCCCAACAACAGCUAAAGGAGAUGAGACAGAAGGGCCUCACCGAAACCACAAAGUUAUAUCAUGUGUCACCGAAUCCAAUGGCAGACACUGCGGUAGAUAUAGCAACAACAACGGCCCUUGCCACCGACAAUGCAGAAGACACCACCGCCAACAAAUUCAGGAUACAGUCUCCAUUUUUAGAGCAAAAGAAUAAUCUUGGACGAAGCUACGGAGAAAGGCCUAACUUAAAGUCAACCUUUCUACUGUCACAGGGAAUGAGCCCCAGUCAAACGCUACCCAGAUUGUCCCCUGUAAAGAACCAAGAUGCAAAAGCGAGGCAUUAUGAGAGGGCACAUCAAAAGAGCAAUCACUUCAGGAGGACAUCAAGCUUUCAUGAAACUAAACACAAUAAACCCUACAGAGAAAGAAGCCUAACAACACUCUCUCCGAGACAAUCAAUGGCUUAUAACCCCAAGACCAGGACAUGGGAAUAUUAUACGGUAGAAAGAUCAAAACAUAAAGGAAUAAGGGCUGAUAAGAGUCCUGAAAAUCUUACUAGAGGUAAUAAUUUAACAAUAGAUUCUACUGGUUAUCCUUCAAAAUAUAUUCGGUCAGGUGAGAGUAAACCUGAUUUAAUAAGCAAUCGGCCUUUGGCAGCUACAGCAUCAAAUGUUGAGAGGCCUGGGGCGACCCGACCCAGAAAAGGCCCCUCUCCGGUGAAUAAGUCUUGGAACCGAGGCCAAAGGAACUUCUCGGCUUCACCUAAUGAAAUCUACAAUAGGCACAGUUCUCUUAGCCCUGCUCAAGACCGAAGAGAAAAGUGCCAGAGUUUCCCCUGGGCAGCGGAAUAUUCAUACUACGACAACUUAACAUUUGGACUGACAGAAGCUGAGCAAGAAAUGCUUGACCUUCCGGGAUAUUUUGCUUCUAACGAAGAGGAUGAAACAAGUACAUUGAGUGUGGAGAGGCUGGUCAUUUAAUUACACUGACAAUUAUUUAUAUUAAUUAUACAGAUAUUAUUUUUGUGGCCCAUUUAUUUGGGCUGUUGGGGGAUUCGGCCCGAUAUUUUUUCAAUGUGGCAAAAUCCAAAUAACAGGAAAUUAGAAGCACAUUUUUUACUUGAAUACUUUUAGAAACACUACCAUACAAUUACAUGUCAUGAUUUUAUCUUACAAAU